UUAGCUUGUUUAUUAAUAAUUCUCAAGUCAUGGAGACUCCUUGCAUAUCUAGCCCAAAUUUCAGUAACAUUGCUCUCCCUGCUAAAGCACCAACUGUGGCCAAGCCUUUGGCCCAGAAGCAAGGCAUUCAUCCACUUUUGCCCUGCAGAGCUCCUGGACUAGUUCGAUGUGUGCCAGAGGCUCAUGUACCGUCUGCCGAAACCCUAUGGAAGUUCAUUGAUCUCCCAUUGGUUAAGAAGACAAAGAUCUUCCACUGCGAGCCGCCACCAGAGCCAAGUCAUCCGAAACGGAAGGGUUCAGAGAUUACACAGGAGGAGGAAGAGGAGGAGCAGACAAGCGAACAGUCGUCACCAUCCACGUUGGAUGAGGAAAUGCAGCUGGAGGACAUCCUGGCCGAGGUGAAUCGCAUAAAAGGCCGUGUGGGUGAGGUCGAUCGCCUGUUGGGAACCCGCAUACCCGAGUGCCCCGACAUCGAUCCGUGCGUGAACAUGGACGUAGAGCUGCUGGCAUUCAACACAAAUCCCGACAUCGUGGAGCUGCAGCGCAACACCCACAAGCUGCGGCAGCAGUUGGUGGAGCUACAGAUGUGCCGCGUGGCCACUGACAGAAACAUAAAGGACAUACGGCUGAGCAUCUGCCAGGAGAUGGAGCAUGCCGAUCACCUACAGAAGAGCCUCAACGAGCUGGACUCCUUCAAGCGUACUUUGGAGCGGGAGCAGGCUCUCUGCCGGCAGCGCUUCCGCUUCGUUGAGCAGGAGAAGGUCGAUGGCGGCGAAUGCAACACAUACUUCGACACUGAGCGGAAUCUGAUGGAGUGUUACCUGGACAAGUUGGUCACCAGGCUGGACUACCAGCAGCAGAAGCGGCGGGCCCUCAAGGAUAUCGACUACAUGAAGCUGAAAGCCAAAAGGUUCCACGACCACAUGUUCUACGCGAUUGGCAAGCUGAACGCCUUCAUGGGCACCGACGGGCUCAUGCAUUCACCGGAGUUGUUGACCUUCCUCUCCCGCAACGAGAAGUUGUUCGGCCCCUGUACCUAUUAAACUCACAAAUCUGUCUUCAAA